ACGAAUGAAAUCCCAUGCUUAAGGAAGAAUAUUUGGACUUUGUUUGUGUCAGUGUUCUGAUUAGGCUAAACUAGAACAUCUGUAUUGUUAACAGUUUGCUUUUGUUUUUGUUUUACUUCCUUCCCAUAGAUGCAUUUCUCUUUGUAUCCUAAACAUAUCCUUAUAUGGAAAUAUUACAAUACGAAAAAAGUAAGUUUAAAAUAUAUAUACAUAUAUAUAAAUGCAGAACUUACGCUGCAUCAUUGGAUAUACAGGGCCAACACUUGUACGGAUUAAACGUGUAUAGCUAUUAGUUUCAGUGAACACAUCGCAAUAUGACUGGAUUACUUCAGCUGUUUUUAUUAGUCAGCACGACCCUUGCCUCGGAGCCAUCCUGUCCAGCGUGCUCCAAAUAUGACUACGAGCAAAAUUUGCUUGAGAGAAUGAUCCGUAUGGAGUUCACUGUUGAGCAAGACCUAACGCGGCUCAAGAAUGAGAACAAACGCUUAUCUGAGGUCGUUGAUACCCUAAUGGAUCAACAGAAACACGCGGAGCGUAGACUGGUUUCGCGCAUUGAAGAUGUUGAGAGAAACCAAACCAAUCAAAUAGUUACUCCACUGGUAUACUUCCACGCCCGCUCUCCACAGACCACCCCCCUUACCACAGGUGAGGUGAUAGUUUACAAGACAGUGGAGACAAACCAGGGAAACGGCUACAGAUCCACUUCGGGCAAGUUCACCGCUCCAACACGGGGACUCUACUUGUUCCUUAUGCACACAUGUUCGCCUCCAAAUAAUUAUGCUGUUCUCCAGAUAGUUAAGGAAGGUUCAAUUCUCGUUGCAAGUGUACAACGUGACAAUAACAACUAUGAAUGCUCUAGUAGUCAGGUGUUUGUACAGCUUGAUGCCGGGGAAAAUGUCUGGGUACAAUGCUCCAGUGGGGGCUCGACCAGACAACUUGUUGAUGAUUCUAUUCGUUGGACGAGUUUUGGUGGUGCUCUCAUUCACAACUGACGUGCUUAGGUCAUUAACUUAGAGCACUGAAAAUACAGAACAGAUGCAAUGAAAAUGAAAAUAAAUUUUGUAGUGAUAAAUUAGUUGUUUUUAUUAACAAAACUAUAUUAUUUGAAUGAUUUUUGUUAUCAUUUAUAUCGUUGUUUAUACAUAUACCGUUAUUGAUGAAUUAUUUGUUUGUGUCAUAACAAAGGAAGCUGUAUAUGCAUGUUGUAUGCUUUGCCGUCAAUAAAUAACACUUUAUUUUAUUUAAGGU